AUGGAUUUGCUGCUGUACAUCUUGCCUCGUGCAUUCCGCAACAAUAGCGCACAGUAUGCCUGCCUGAGUAUUGGCCUGCCUUGGUUGGGGGUGUGGGAAGGAGGGAGGAUGAGGGCGGGAAACGUCUACGGGAAAGCAGUGGUGCGGUUGCUCGCUGCCGCCUCCGAUCCCCUAACACUCGCAGCUUCUCCCAAGAUCCCCGGCCCGACACAAUCUGAGAACAAAGUAUUUCCUGCGCCGCUCCAUGUGCUUUGGAAAGAAAAUUCAAUGCGACCCUUAACGACUUCGGUCACCGCCCUCCGCUUCGUGACGCUAUCAGCUGAGGACACCAAUGAGGCAGUCGAUACGCUGUUUGCUGCCAUUGGCAACCAACUUCACGUCUUCCUGAACAAGUCCGGAAAAGCUGUUGCCGCAACGACAGCUCUACCCGAUGGAGAACGACUCCAUGGCUUCUCGGCACCAUGGCGCAAUCGAGUAAUAGUUCAUGGUGGCCGUUUCGUCGCAAUCGUCUCUGCUCGCUUUUUAAUUGGCAACUGUACUGGCUCUCUCGAGAUUGAGGCAUGCCGAGAGUUUGGCGACUGGGUUUGGGGCGGGCUUUGGAUUCAACCCCCACAUGUUCUCGCAGUAGCGUGUGGCCAUUCUAGGGUUGCGAUUUGCGACAGUCGGAAUUUGCAGGAUAACCUAGUGGUGCAAUGUGAGGAAAGAGAAAUAACAUGGUGCACACAGCUUUUUAUGUCGCCAGGGAAAUCCGCUCUUAGGGCAGUUGGCGGCACUUCCUUCGGUGACAUUCUUGUCUGGGAUGUUCUGGAUCAAGUAGCAGAACCCCAAUUUUCAUUGAAAUCACACGAGGAAAACGAUGCAGAUGAUCGUUUCUCACUUGCAGCAAAUGUAAAGCCGGCUCAUCGUUUGCAGGGUCAUGAUGGUCCUGUUAUGAGCCUUGAGCUAUCCUCCGAUGCGAGUCGUAUGGUUUCAUGCUCGGUCGAUAGAUCGGUGCGAGUUUGGCGGAGGUCUGCGUCAGACCACUGCUCGGUCUGCCGAGCAGGGGGAUGUUUCCUCCCGGUUCUUUGUCACUACGGGCACCUUGCUCGUAUUUGGGACACUGGUUUUUUGGAUUGUGAAAGUCUGCGGGUUGUCUCGGUUGGGGAGGAUAGGACGUGUCGAAUGUGGUCUGACAAAGAGAGCGGUAGACUACUUUCUGUUCUCUACGGACAUGCUGGAAGGAACAUUUGGAGCCUUGACGUAAGGCACGUGAAUCAGCGGAGCACCUUGAUUGCCACAGGCGGCGAAGAUGGCUGCAUUAAAGUUCGUGGCGUGGGGAUACCUGACGAUGAUAAAGGGUCUCCUGGAGAGACGCGUACCGUGAACGAUACGGGCGCACCGCGCCAAUCUACUAGUUAUUCUGUUGUACUGCCUGGAAAUCUAUCGAAUCCGAGGAAAAUCGGCGGUGGCUGCAACGAAAGCGGGCGAACAAUUCGAUUAAUUGCCAGAAAUGCUUUUCUCGUAUCAACUGACUUCGGACGCAUUCUAGCAGGCUUCACCGACAGGAAGGGAAGCUCUCGUCGAAACGUUUCUACAGAAAGAACCUUCGACAAGGCCACAGGAAUUGGCGUUAGUUGGAUAGAACUUUUCUGUGACAGCAAAGGAACAGCGUACACGCCGUCAUCAUUGGAAUAUUGUGAUGGCUUAAUCUUUGGUGGGCAGACGAACGGUCAUGUCACAAUAUUAAGGAUCUCGGACUUGUUUAGCCAGGCCCCAGUGAUAUCUACGGCUGCUGAUGUUCAUGUGUUCCCGCAUGAUUCAGGAAUGGUCAUGGGCCUUUUUGUUCAAAAAUCGAGCGCCAGCGAUGUUUGGAACUUCUUUGCUGCUACAAACACUGGAGAUUUACAUCACUGGCAGAUUGAAGAGCCAAGAUCUGAAAUUACAUGCACAUAUCACCGAACCUUUCGACAACGAAAGCCAACAAAGAGCGCCCUUGUAACUAGUGCUCUACAUAUUGCCUCGCACGACAUUUUGGUUGUUGGAGACCGUGGCGGACGAGUCCUACUGUAUAAUACAACUGAUGCGAAAUCGUCUGACACAAACGGUAUCAACUCACAGAUGGAUCAAAAGGAUGUCUUUCCAGUUUUCAUCAGCCGGCCGCAUGGCGACCGAGUUUCAUCGAUCUCAAUGGCCCCAGGGCAAACUCCAGAUGCCAACAUGAGGUUUUGCGAAAUUGUCACGACGGGAUUUGACGGACGAGUUGGUCGCCUGCAACUAGAUCUACAUGCAGUUCAAACCAAGAAAUUGCCUCAGAACAAUCCUGGCGCUUGUCAAUUACCAAUGAACGUUAUAAGUUCGCACAAGUCUAUAGAGCAUGUAGACACAAUCGUUAGGAUCGUGUUCCCACGUAUGAGCAGCCCUGAGGAGGGCGAAGUGUCGGUCAAAGGGGGGGAAGAUGUGAGGCAUUGUAUUAUAGGGUUUAAGUCUGCCGAUAUAUCUGUUUGGGACGUGCAGCAACGAAACGAAGUGUUUCGGACCAACUGCGGAAACUGGCGAAGAGCAUUUGAUGUGCAUGUGGCCCUUGCAUGCCCAGUCAUGUCAGGCAGCGGAACGCAACUAGUCGUGGAAGAAAUGAAUAUUGUGUUUUGGCGUUCGGGACGGUUGUACGUGGUGCAGACAGAAGGUGGCAAUGCCGAUAUGCUCCGUGUGAACAACGCGGAAAAUUGGACAGCAGACAAAAUGAAGUCGAAGGGAUCAUCAGCGAGAAUAGAUACCUUUGUUACAUCCAUCCGGCCUGGUUUCCACGGACAGCGAGCCAACGCAGUGUGUUGGAUAGAUGGGUCAAGCACGCUGUUGACUGCUAGUGAAGAUACAAGUAUCAACGCGAUGAAGCUACGAGAUGACGAAUGGCACAAGAUUCAGAGCCUGUCAAGACAUAUUUCCGGUGUGAACAGCCUCUCGACCUCGCGCCUCUCCAACGGUUCUCUAGUAACAUUUUCCGGGGGCGGCUGUGACGAAGUGGUGACUUGGAUCGCGCAAAGCGCAGAAGGUCCCUGGAGAGAUGUGUGCUCGACAGCAGGCAGUGCGAAAGAGGACAAAGGCCAAAGAGCGCUGCACCGCGUAAUAUGUUUAAGCACUGUAGAUGCGAAGAGGUGCAAGUGCAAAGUUGCGUGCGGGAUGGUGGUGGCGGGGCGCUCUGACGGUUCGGUAGCGUUAUUGAGAUCAGCCCCCGCUGUCGGGGGCAUGUACCGGCAAGCUGGGAAAGAGUGGAAUUGCGGGACGGUUCAGAAGUCGUUCGAGCAUAGCGGAGCGGUGCUCUCUUGCGCGACGGCAGUUGCUGAGGUCGGGGGAGAGGAAAGGGUAAUUGCAGCAAGCGGAGACUCCCAAGGGAGAGUAGUCGUAUGGACAGGGGAGCUGAAUCCGGCCUGUCUACAGCGGCGGCUUAAAGCUAUCUGCACAUGGGAGAAAGAGCAUGACGGCGGGGUGAAUGCUAUAGCAGUGCGUGCCAUGAAAAAUGGGAUGUAUGGGAGUGUAGUGGUGGUAUCUGGAGGGGAUGAUGAGAAAGUGCGCAUCAGAGUGAUAAGAAUAACAGGCACGGUAGACGGGGAAAGGGCCGAUGUGCGCACUGAGACGACGACAGUAUGGACGUCACCUAGAGGAUUGCAUACGGCUGCGGUGACUGGCCUGUCCUUUGCGACAGAUGAAGCGAGCAAGGAAGGGGCGGAGGACGAGUGGUUCGUAGCAACAACUGGGGCCGAUCAGCGAAUCAACUGGGUACAUAUUUAUCGCGGCAGAGACGAGGCGAACAAGGGGGUAUGGCUGGCAAAUUUGGUAGAAGAGGGAAGGAGCAGGGUCAAUGUGGCGGAUGUGGGGGCUAUCGCAGCACGCGUAUCGCGUAGCGGGCGACGGGUUUGCGCUCAAGCUGUGAUAGCAGGAUGUGGGCUGGAAGCGGUGGAUUGCUCAUGGCAAGUGAAGGCGGAGGACAGGGGCAAUGCAUCACUACCUCUCGUGAGAGGUAGCUGUUUGCUACCGCUCGUACUCCUGGGCCAACAAGUGCAAUUACAAAACGCCUUAAACAUUUACCGCCGCCCACGGCGUUUUUAUUAUCUAGCCGUUAAAAAAUGCUAA